GCUUCUGCCCCUAACAAAAAUGGCUGCCUAGCCCGCCCUACCCCUCCCUUGGCCGGCACCAGACUCUUUCACUUUCGGGUCACUGUGGACCGGAGAUGGCGCGGACUCCCAAGACAGUGGGGCUGAUCAAGCUAGACUGCCCUCUACAGUAUGGCCACCCGCUGGGGGUCGCUGCUGUCCCCAAACUCUACCAGGAAUUUGGACCUGAGGACUGCGGCGAAGAGGACAUAGUGGAUUUUCUUCAACAACUUGUGGAGAGUGAUCCCGAGGGCCUGCACCGGAUCCAAGUGGAUGGGAGCAUCGGGCAGCUGCAGCUGUGGCACCAUGGUGAUUACCUCGUGGACCAUUUCAGUGAUGAGGAGGAAACUACUGCACAGAAUGACAGGGGCAAAGGGGCUGAGGGACCAGGCACCUACUGCAGUUUCCAAAAGUCCUUCCUGUACCCUCCCCAAGGGUCUAAGCCCUGCCCUCCAAGACCCCCUGCCUCGGCAUCCUUCCCCAGUGACUCAGACAGCCUGCUUCAGAUGGCCAUGCCCCAAAAGCUCCUGCUGACUGAAGAGGAAGCCAACCGCCUGGCUGAGGAGCUGGUAGCUGAGGAGGAGCGUGUGAAACAGAAAGCAGAGAAGAAGCGACUCAAGAAGAAGCGUCAAAAGGACCGAAAGCGACAGAAGCGCUUGGAGCAGGAUGGUGGGGAGUCCAAGGCCGAGGCCACCCCAGAAGGGGAUGGGAGUCCCCCAUCCAGCCCUGGGAACCCAGCUCAGGGACGCUGUGGUGAGGAAGAGGACUCACUGGAUCUAUCUAGCACUUUCGUGUCUCUGGCUUUGCGCAAGGUUGGGGAUUGGCCUCCCAGUGCCCUCAGAGAGAAGGAACUGAGCCAGGAGCCCCAAGGCAAGCGCCUGGGCCCCCAGGAGAAGAUGGACCAGCAGGAAUGGAGCUCUCCAAGAGAAGAGAGCCCCGGGCAGAGUCCUAAGGCAGAGGCAUCUGUGGAACUGCUGGCAGCUGCCUUACAGCAAAGCCAGGAGCUAGCAAAUUUGGGGACCAGCUUUGCCCAAAAUGGUUUCUACCACGAGGCUGUGGGCCUCUUCACCCAGGCCUUGAAGCUCAACCCCCGGGAUCACCGGUUAUUUGGAAAUCGCUCUUACUGCCAUGAGCGGCUGGGUCAGCCAGCAUGGGCCCUGGCUGAUGCGCAGGUGGCCCUUACCCUGAGGCCUGGCUGGCCCCGGGGCCUCUUCCGCCUGGGCAAGGCCUUGAUGGGACUGCAGCGUUUUGAGGACGCAGCUGCUGUCUUCCAGGAGACUCUGAGAGGCGGUUCUCAACCUGAUGCAGCCCGGGAGCUCCACUCUUGUCUCCAACAACUUUCUUUGCAGGAUCAGCCAGGAAGAAUCCAUGCAUCAACUCUGCAAAGCCGAUUUCCUCAGCCAUUACCCCACAUUGAGCCAGGGGCCUCAGGCCUCCUCUCCCCCAGUCACCCUCAAAGUGCUGCUUCAAGGGCCCCUGGCCUUCUGUCUCCACCCUUGCAUUAUCCGCCUUGUCUCCUGAGCCCCUCCAACUGGCCCCUCCCCCAGACUCCAAAUAGAAGACCCUGGCCUCUCCGUCCCCAGAACCCCUCCAAUGGCUGGGGCCGGGGACUUGGGCCCUGGCAUCUACCUCAGGCAAGAUGAGGGAGGACCUGUCCCUCACAGGACAAGGCCAUGUAUGCAUCCCACAGGGAUGAGGGACACUGUGUGGUGGCAGUUCCCUGCAUAUUUUGAGACCUUGUACUCUAAAACCAUAGUUAGAGACACCCCUGGCAGUCAUUUGUCUUGCCACGGAGACCUUCCGAUGAGAGAAUGGAGCUCAUUUAAAUGUGGAUCUGUAGGGGACGUUGAGACCUCCCAGAAUGGCCUUCCAAGAGGAACCAUUCAUCAGGAUGAAUGCCCUAUGGGUCUUGCUCACAGCAUUUACAUCUGGCGAUAGGAGGUGUUGAAACACCUUCUUUAUAUGGGGCUUUCCCAAAUUCUUUUUAUUGUUUACAGUGCAGGCCCCUUAAAUGCUGUAUAGCAGGAUGCAGUCUACCAUUACUCUUUGGGUCACCUUGGGCUGGUCUUUCAAUAUCUGUGCCUCAGUUCCCUCAUCUGUAAAAUGGGGCCAAUCCCUACCUCAUAGGGCUGUUGUGAGGACAAAUAAAAUGUGUGAGAAAAUACCUACCAAGUGCCUGGUACAUAGUGGCUGUUAAAUAAACCAGUUUUUAUCUG